GUUUGGGAUUUGUGGACGGCGGAUCGAAGCCGAGAAACGCCGUCGUUUUGGGAGGGAACCAGUUGGAAGACAUUGUACUGAAUUUCGACAUGGGAACUUCCAUGCUCGGAUUCAGCUCCUCUCUGUUGCAGAGGAAGAGAUCUUGCUCGGAAUUCUCGCCGGAAAAUUUACUGAAAAGAAGAGUUCAAUGAAGAAGAAAGGGAAAAAAUAGGGUCAAAUUUUGAGGGAAAAAGAAAAGGAUUACUAGAAGAACGCCAUUGUGGGUUUUUUUUUGUUCUUGGUGGUGGAAACUAGGAUCUUGCUGUGUAUGAUUGAGGAAUACUUUUUUUCUUUGGGCAAUGUUUUUAGGAUCUGUAUGUUAAUUUUCAAAUUCCAGCGUAACUUUUUGGUUGUCACAAAUUAGCCUAUGGAAGCAUAGUCGAGAUCUGAUUUUUGGUAUAGUUUCGAAAUCUACUAUUUCUUAACCGACAAUUUUGUUUAGAAAUGGAAAUUUGUCUUUAUAUUUUUUAA